CACACACAGCAGACGCAGCGAAAAAGCAGCAACAGCAACAACAACAAUGGCUGGCACGGCAACCGCAACACCAAUGGAAAUUGACGAAUUUAUAAAUGGAGCGCUCGUAUCUUGGUUGGAGUCAUGUCUGCCACGUGCCGAGCUGCUCGCUGGUUACACCUCGCUGCUGGAUGGCCUCAUAAUACACAGUGUUUGGCUCCAGAUUGAUCCGGAGCCACAGAACAAUCCCAGCGAGCUGCUCACCGAUCUCAGCGGCAAUUCGCUGAGCAUUGCUCGUGCGAAAAACUUUGAGUGUAUUGUUCGCAAUUUGAAAUCCCUGUUCGAGGAGGAACUGGGCCAGACGAUACUGGCGUUACCGGAUGCCUACCAGCUGGGCUAUUAUCCGGAGAGCAAACACGGCUUGGAGCAAAUGAAAACACUGCUUACCCUGUUAUUGGGUGCAGCUGUGCAGUGUCCCAAUAAAGAGCUAUUCAUUGCCCGGAUCAAGGAACUGGAUCUGGAGACGCAACAUGGCAUUGUGGCACUGAUUAAACAGGUAACGGAUAGCCAUAGUCUGGUGCUCACCGAGGACUCCAUCGAGCGUCUGUCCGCCGAGAAUAUGUACGGCCACAUUAUGCGAUUGACCAAGGAACGCGACCACAUGUACUUGAAGUGGAUCGAGACGGUGUGCGUGGAACCCGAACUAAAUGCCAGCGAUGGCAAUGAAUGCGGCACGGGCUGUGUCACUGUGCCACGUUCGCCAUCCAGCGGCACGGCCACAUCAACGCCCUCGUCAUCCUCCAACUCGGAGAGCAAUCAUUUGGCCGUCGAGUGUGCGGAUCUGCGUUCAAAAAAUCGCAAAUUGCGACAGGAACUUGAAGAGAAAUCGGAGAAUCUACUGGAGCUGCGCGAGGAGCUGGAUGACAAAAAGCAACGCUUCGACAAGCUACGCCAGGAGAGCCAGGAUUGGUUUACCGAGGCCAAGCGUGCGUCUGCCUAUCGGGAUGAGGUUGACAUUUUGCGGGAGCGUGCCGAACGUGCCGAUCGCUUAGAGAUCGAGGUGCAGAAGUAUCGUGAGAAGCUCGGCGAUUCCGACUUUUACAAAUCGCGGGUGGAGGAGCUACGCGAAGAUAAUCGCGUCCUACUCGAAUCCAAAGAAAUGCUGGAAGAGCAAUUGCAGCGUUCGCGUAAACGUUCGGAACAUGCCAUCACCUUGGAAUCGGAGAUCAUUAAAUACAAGCAGAAACUCAAUGAUAUGGCGCUCGAGCGUGAUGUAGAUCGUUCCAAGCUGGAGGAGCUGCUCGAGGAGAAUGCACAGCUGCAGCUGGUGGCAAAGAAUCUGAAUUCCACACAGGAGAUUGAUAAAUCCUUCUCGGACAAUGAGGAUGAUUGCAAUUCGGGGGACAACAGCUUAUCCGAGCAGCUGACAAACAAUGCACAAACGCGUGCUCUCAAACUGGAGCUGGAGAACCGACGACUAACUGCCGCACUGGAGCAAUUGAAGGAGAGCAGCUUUCAUGAGUCCACCAGCAAAAUGCUCGAGCUGGAAAAAGAGAAGAAGAAAUUGUCGCUGAAAAUCGAACAAAUGCAGGAGAACAUACAAAGAUUGACGCAACAGAAUGUUGAAUUGGAGAGCGUAUUCAAGAACGCACUCGAUGAGAACAAGAAGCUGCAGGAUGCCGUCGACAAUCGCCAGAAGAGCUACGAUCGCCAGAGUCUCGAGCGGGAUGCGGAUCGCCAGAAGCUCUCCGAUGCCGAGGAGCAUGUGGAAACACUCAACAAAGAGAAGCAACGCAUUCAAACUCUCAACGAGAGCAUUCAACGCAGAGCCGAUGAUUUGGAACGUCUUGCGGAGAGUAAAACAAAGGAGCUGGAACAGUACGCUGAGAAAACUCAACAAUACGAGUUGACCAAACAGAAGCUCUACGAAAUUGAGGCCAAAGUUUGCACAUAUGAGCGUGAGAAUGCUAGCCUGCUAAAGGAGGUCUCCAAACUGAAGGAGAGCAGUGAACAGAAAUCUGUGCAGCUGGACGAGAGCAUCAAUCGGCUGGACACCCAAGCCAAGGAGUUGAUGCGCCUCGUCAAGGUGCAGGAGGAGGCGGAGCAAGUGCAGCAAAAGUUUGUUGAACUUGAGAAACAAAAUCAAGAGCUUAGCUCACAGCGCAACAUUGAUCGAGAAAUGAUAAGCGUGUUACGCAAUGAUCUUGUUAAUGGCACCCUGGUUUCCAAGAAGGUGCGCCACAAUCUCGAGAAGCUCGGGCUCGAUGUCAACGAUGACGAACCGGUUGAACUGAAUGUGGAGCAUGUGGUAGAGAAACUGGUACGCAAUCCGGAGACCUUCAAGACGGUGCGUGAAAUAAUGUUGAGCGUGAAUCGCGAACAGCAGCAGCAGAAGACGGGCGUCAAAUCGGACAUGUGUGUCCUGUGUCAUCGCCAGGAGAUCUUCACCGUCGAAAAGAACAUCGAAUUGUCAGCCGGAGCGCAUCAGGAGCUACGCUUCGAACACAAGUUGCGUCUGAGUCCGGAAUUGACGCGGCUCCAGGAGAGCAAUACCCAGCUGCAGACGGAUAAUGCACGACUCAGUGUGGAUGUGGCUGCAUUGGGCUCACAGAUCACAUCGCUCAACACACAGCAUGUGGCACUGCAGUUAGCUAACUCACAGUUGGCCGCUGAGAAGGAUACGCUGCUUAAGGACAUCGAUGCGUUGCAGCAGGAGCACAAAAAUGCGUUGCAAGAUCAAGUGACACUGCAGUGUCUCCAUGAUCAACUCUCUGCUGAAUAUGAGUCACUGAACAAGGACAAGGAACAGUUGAAGGGAGCCGUACGUGAUUUGCGACAGGAAACGCGAGAUGCCCGGGAGACAAUUGGGACGCAGGAGCAACGCAUCGAGGAGUUGACCACACAGACGAAUAGCAUGAAGACCUGUCACGAAGAUCUUGCCAUACUCCGUACCGAGCACUCCAAGCUGACCGAUGAUUUUCGCAAUCUGUUCGCGACGAGCGAUCGCUUCAAGAACGAAUACAAGAACAUCCAGGAACAGUACAAAAUGAUACGCAUGGAGCACAGCAGCCUCAAAUUACAGAACACCGAGCUAACCGGUGAGCUGAAUGCCAAACAGGAUCAGGUGCGUCUGCUCCAAAUCGAGUACUCCAAGGUGCAGCAGCGCUGCGAGAUGCUAAUACAGAACAACGCCGACUUGGAUUCGGAGCGCAAAGCCCUAAUGGAUAAUGUGUCGCAGUUGUUGUCACAGUAUCAGGAACUGUUGGCCAUUUCGCUGGAGGAUAAAAAGCAUUUCCAUGAGGAGGAAAAGAAUUAUACGGAACGGGUGCACAGCCUGAAGCGUCAGAAGGAAAAGCUCGAGGAGAAGAUCAUGGAACACUAUAAGAAAUCAGAGACCACAGUGCAAAAGAAAAAACCAUUUGCCAGCAGUCUCGUGCGACGCGUCAAAAAGGCCAGCUCCGAUCUGAUGAACAAAGUGCCCAGUCGGAAUCGUCGCUCUUGGGUGGAUGAUGCGCGCACCAGCUCCCAGUUUGUCAUCGGCUCCGAGUCGGGUGGCAAUGAGUCGGACAACAGCACGGAGGAGCCGCUAUCCAUUGCCUCCGAUACUCAUCUGCUGCAGCGGAAUAUGCCAUUGCGUCAGAGUUUGCAGCGAGAUUUACUGGAUAGCUCGAUACAACGCGGUGGCACGGUGCGAAGUAGCCUGCAGGCACAGAAACGUACGGAUUUGAGUAACUCACGUAGAAAUAGCGUGCACGGCAGCCUGGAAGCGCCUGAUGUAACUGGCAGCAGUUUAACUCUGGGCACCGCUGGCUCCCGGCGCACCGUCUAUUUGAUCGAUGAGCAUCAGAAGCUGCCCGAUGGCUCCUCAGCCGCUCCACAAUCGCAACAGCCACCGGCAACUUCAACGCCAACGCCAAGCAACAACAACAACAAUGCAGCAGCAGCAGCAACAACAGCAGGAGCAGGAGUCGGAGCUGAGCCACAAACACCACAGAAGAAUGAUAGUCCGGCGACAUUUCUCAUGUAUAAUCGUAUAAACACAACCAUUGGCGGCACAUCCACCACCAGCGAGCAGAGUCCGUUGCUGCAGGCCAGCGGCAGUGGCGGAAACGGAAGCGGAAGCGGAACAGUCAAUCCAGAUGAUAAAGCAAUGCGCAAACGCAAUGAGGACAAGAGCAAUAGCAUUUGCAUUUUAGUUUAAAUUUUAAACCGGACCGCGCUCGUUUCAAAUGCUUUUCUACGUGAUUAUAUCCUCGCUGUUAGCACAACAUAUUAAUGCCAGCUUCCACAAUGACACAACUAUUUCAACGACCACUGAACAAACACGGACCCUGGAUCCUAACGAAUAUUGUACAUAUAUAGAGCAAACUGAGAAUUAUAAAAACCAUAAUGAUCCUUCUAAAAGAGACUGGGAAUGUCCACUGACUUCACGUGGAAUAUCUGUUUAUGACUUGUCAAGGUUGAUAGCAAGUGCUCAAAUAUUAUGCCGAAAAUUCUUUAUGAUCACAAUCAAAAUCAAAUGUGGAAGACAUAUAUCACAUUUUCUUAUCUGAGCGUAUAAAUUGAGAUGCACAAUUAUUUUUUGAGCAGUUUACCAUAAUCGCUACUCUAAUAGCGUCCACAAUGCUCCAGUUCUCCAGGCUCGCAUCGCUGAUUUUAGUUUCGCUAGCACUGCCCACCAGUUUAAUGGGUCAGUGCAAUAUCUGUCAAACUGAUGUUAAAGCUGCAUGCCACAGUGAAACCACAUUUUCAAUUUGCCUCGAUGGCAAUCCAACAAACGACUAUAUAGAAUGUCCCAAUGGCUAUCAUUGCACUGGCGGCAAAUUUAUAUGUUAUCCGGAUCCAAUCGGUAAGACCAAUUGCGUAACUCGAACCACAACUCCGGAACCGACCACAACAACGAGAGCCCCACGAGAUGCGAUGACAUUUUGUAAGGAAACUCAAGUAAAAGCAGACUUCCCAAACGAUUUGGAUCCGACCUGCACUACGUAUGUGAAGUGCACCGAGGACUCAGGCGAGUGGAUAGGCACUGUGAUUGAAUGCCCACCAAAUACCUGGUGGAAUGAUUACUGUCAAGCCGAAAAACCAGAAAAUUGUACAUGAAACAUAAAACUGCAUAAAAAUAGUACUUUGU